AUGACCUUCGUGAGAUUUAAUGAUAACGACAUGAUUGUACAGCUUCCAUCAAUGGAUACAGCACAGUGUGAGGUAGAUGAGCCGUACGCGCCAACAUACCAGAUUUCCACAAAGAAGGCAAAGAAGGAAUUGGGAAUAGAAUUUACUCCUUUGGAAGUGAGUGUCAGGGGCACAGUGGAAACCUUCAGAGAAAAGAAGAUUGUCAACUUCUAA